AUGGGCGGAGUCGAAACGGAAGCAUAAUCAAGAUGGCCACCUUCACCGAAAGGAUGGUUCCUGUCUUGCUGCUUUGGCUGGCGGUGUCCCUCAGUGGGACGGGAGCUGUGGACAGGGGCAACUUCAAGACCUGUGACCAGAGUGCCUUCUGCAAGCGUCAGAGAGCCCUGAAGCCUGGUGAGUCUCCCUAUCGAGCCCUGCUGGAGACCAUGGAGCUGACAAACACCAGACUCACCUUGCAGCUUAUCAAUGACAACAAUAAGGUGCGUCUGCUGCUCGAGCUCUACCGUCUCCAGGGAAACAUAACGAGGGUGAAGAUUAACGAGCUGAAGCCUCUGAAGCCUCGCUAUGAGGUCCCAGACGUGCUCAUCAGGGAGCCACCUACUGAGCCCCUGUCUCUCUUGUCUCAGGAUGAGAACGGGGUGGUGCUGUCCCUGGGGGCGGAGUCUCAGAGGGUCAUCGUCAGCGCCCGGCCCUUCCGAUUGGACAUCAUGGAAGGGCGAGACGUGCUGAUGUCACUGAACUCUCGCGGCCUGCUGGCCUUUGAGCACCUGAGGAUGCGCAAGGACACUUUCUCCUAUAAAGUAACUAGCACAGUGGCUAGCGUGUGGGAUAAUAUCAAGAGGGUAUUCUCUAGUCAGGCAGACCCAGAGGCCGAAAAGAAAGAGGAGGCUGAUCCGGCAAACCAGGCUGAGACUGCAAAAGAAGAGGAAGAGAAAGUCGAAGACGGGAUGUGGGAGGAAACGUUUAAAUCGCACUCGGACAGCAAACCUAAUGGUCCAUCUGCCAUUAGUUUAGACUUUUCGCUGCCGGGGGUUGAGCACGUCUACGGCAUCCCAGAACACGGAGACAACCUCAGACUCAAAACAACGGAUAAUGGUGAUCCGUAUCGGCUGUACAACCUGGAUGUGUUCCAGUACGAGCUAUAUAAUCCUAUGGCCCUUUAUGGCGCUGUACCGGUCAUGUUGGCCCACAAUGCCCAGCGGACCACAGGCAUCUUCUGGCUCAAUGCCGCUGAGACCUGGGUGGAUAUCAGCUCCAACACAGCUGGAAAGACUGUGUUUGGGAAAAUGCUGGAUUACGUGCAGGGCUCCAGUGAGACACCACAGACUGAUGUGCGUUGGAUCUCUGAAAGUGGCAUCAUUGAUGUCUUCAUUAUGCUUGGACCAACACCCAACGAUGUCUUCUCUCAGUAUGCCUCCCUCACAGGCACCCAGUCCUUCCCCCCCCUAGCUACUCUGGGCUACCACCAGUGCCGUUGGAACUACAAUGACCAGGAAGACGUGCAGGCAGUGGAUGCAGGCUUUGACGAGCACGACAUCCCCUAUGACUUCAUCUGGCUUGACAUUGAGCACACAGAUGGCAAGCGCUAUUUCACCUGGGAUCCACACAAGUUUGCAACACCAAAAGAAAUGCUGCAGGGUCUCAUGGAGAAGAAACGCAAGAUGGUGGCCAUUGUGGACCCUCAUAUUAAAGUUGACAGCAACUACAAGAUCCAUAAUGAAAUCCGUUCUCGAGGUUUCUAUGUCAAGAAUAAAGAUGGUGGAGACUACGAGGGCUGGUGCUGGCCUGGUAGUGCCAGCUAUCCGGACUUCACCCGUGCAGACAUGAGGGCCUGGUGGGCCAGCAUGUUUGCCUAUGAUCAGUAUGAGGGUUCCAUGGAGAACAUGUAUACAUGGAACGACAUGAAUGAGCCGUCGGUCUUCAACGGGCCAGAGGUCACCAUGCACAAGGAUGCAAUGCAUGGGGCCUGGGAGCACCGUGAGGUGCACAACCUGUAUGGCCUCUACGUGCAAAUGGCCACAUCAGAGGGUCUGAUCCAAAGGUCGGGAGGAGUUGAGCGACCAUUUGUCCUGACCAGAGCCUUCUUUGCUGGGUCACAGCGCUACGGUGCUGUGUGGACCGGAGAUAAUGCUGCUGAGUGGGACCAUCUGAAGAUUUCUAUCCCCAUGUGUCUGAGCUUGGGUCUGGUUGGAAUGUCUUUCUGUGGUGCUGACGUUGGUGGUUUCUUCAAGUCUCCGAGCACUGAGCUGCUGGUGCGUUGGUACCAGACCGGGGCGUACCAGCCGUUCUUCAGAGCCCACGCCCACCUGGACACACCCCGCCGCGAGCCCUGGCUGUUUGGCCCAGAAAACACAGCACUGAUUCGUGAGGUGGUGCGCCAGCGCUACACCCUCCUGCCCUACUGGUACCAGCUGUUCUACCACGCACACCAGACUGGACAGCCCAUCAUGAGACCGCUGUGGGUGGAGUAUCCUAAGGAUCCUGCUACUUUUGCUGUGGAUGACGAGUAUUUGAUCGGGAGAGACUUGUUGGUGCACCCAGUUACUGAGGAGGGGGCCAGGGGAGUCACCGCCUACCUGCCUGGCAAAGAUGAGGUUUGGUUUGAUGUCCACACCUUCCAGAAGCACAAUGGAGCCCAGAACCUUUACAUCCCUGUCACCAUGAGCUCUAUCCCGGUGUUCCAGCGUGGCGGCUCUAUUAUUGCCAGGAAGCUUCGAGUUCGCAGGUCCUCUACCUGCAUGGAGCACGAUCCUUACACUUUAUUUGUGGCUCUCAACCCCCAGAGAACUGCGGACGGUGAGCUCUACAUAGAUGAUGGCCACACCUUCGACUAUGAAAAGAAGGCAUUCAUCCACAGGAGGCUGUCCUUUGCCAACAACAUCCUCUCUUCUGUUAACUUGGCUCCAGAUGCCCAGUUUUCCACCGACUCUUGGAUUGAACGCAUUGUCAUACUGGGAGCCAGUAAGCCCAGCAAGGUUGUCCUCAAGACCGAUGGUGGUCAGCCCAGCCAGCUGGAGUUUGACUUUGACGCCUCCAUGUCCGUGUUGACGGUCCGUAAGCCCGGCAUGAACGCAGGGGCAGACUGGACUGUGACGCUUCAGUAACCAUGGAGACGGAGGAGGAGGAGGAGGAGCAGGAGGAGACGAUGACUGAACCGGAGGAGAACAGACACAAGACACUGAUACCUACGACUAACUAAAGCAAGACAACAGGACAGCCAUCAUAGAAAAUAGAGAACAUAAACACACACAACACAUUGAAAUACACACAUGUUCAUAACUCCAAGUAGACCUGUUGAGCCACAUAACAUCUUUGCCAUGUCCCUAUUGUGUUCAGUCACACUGUAAUACCUAACAACAAAAAGGAUUACUACUCUAAUCUAGUAUUACUACUAGAUAGAUGCUUCUGUUUGUCACAUGUUUCAGAUGGAUGACAGCUGAGCAAGUCAACUCAUGUAAUGAAUCUUUAGGGUUGAGAAAGAAAACAUUCAGGCACUCUUGUUUUGCUUUGCUUUUUUUAACUGUCCACUUGGUUGUCCAUCCAGUCAGCCUCACAAGAAAGAUCACUAUGUUUGCAAUUUAAAAUGAAGGUUCACAUUCAAAGCACAUGCUCCACCUGCUGGUGGUUCCCUCGAUCUGUUUCUUACUUGAUACUCUUCAAAAAAUUAAUUCCCUCCCUCUUUCAAACCAAGCACUUCAGCCAGCUGACAGCUCUGUCGUCUUUACUUGUGCCACAUUUCAUAUAUUUGGGGAGAGCUUGCCAACAAUCAGCUGUGUGGCUCUACGCUUAACUUUAAUCCUGCAGUACUUACAUUUCUUGCUGCCACAGAAUGGAAAGAAAUCAUCUUUCUUACCAGUCAUGGCCAGUUCAGUCUUGUGUAGCCUCUCCCUGAGUUCCUCAGUGAUGACUGGCUUCACAGUGGGAGUGAUCAGGUCGUUCAACUGUUGCACAGAGGGGAUUUCAGCUGUCAUUUGGAACAAAGCAACUGAACCACUGAUGUUUGUGGAUCAUCCUGUCACCGUGCUUUCUUUCUUUUAUCAAAUUCUUUUUCCAGCGUUGUUUACUAGAUUCUUUUUAAUGCACUUGAGGAAGAGUGAGAACUUAAAAAUUUAGAUUUCCAUGUGUUACUAGAUGUCAGGGCCGUCCAGGAUUUCCAGUGUGUCAUUUGGAUCUUAAUGAACAGGUAACAUCUGAUCCUUGAAAGGUGUUUCUCAAGCAAAUAUCCAUUUCUUCUGGUUUAUGCAAAGCAAAAUUCUUUAUUCACACUGAGCAGUCGUGAAUUUUCACAUGAUUCUCUGGAGACUCUGGAUUGGGUCCUGACUAGUCAAAUCAUCAGACCUUUUAGGAUGUUUUGUUGUUCUGAGUUUGUCUCCUUGAUUGUUUUUAUGAUCAUAAAUGUACAUGUUGCUUGUUGGAUUGGUGGAAAUGGAAGUGAAGGAACAGACUCCAGCUGUCAAUCAAAGUUGUCAGAUGUACUCUAAAAGAUGAGACCAAGUAAAAAUAAAGUUGACCAAA